AUGAGCACUCUACCGCAGGUGCUUCAUACGGCCGCCCGGCCCAUUGGACGCCAUGAGUUUCUCGACGCGCUGCGGGCGACCUGCCCACCGCGGAUGCCUCAUGCCCGCGGGUCGAUGCAUAGGCCGGUCGCCCUGGCCAUCAGCGGCGGAGUGGACUCAAUGGCCCUCGCCUUUCUCUGCGCCCGCGCCCGCCGAGAUGACCCCUGGCUCAAGAUAGCGGACCACCCCGUGCACAGCUUCCACGCUCUCGUCAUAGACCACAGGCUACGAGAGGGCAGCUCCCAGGAGGCGCGCGCCGUGGCCAGGGCGCUCGAGCGGGUAGGCGCCCGGCCCCAGGUCAUCCCGCUGAACUGGGCCAGCGAGCUGGGCCGGGACGCCGACCCCACGGCCCUGCCCAACCUGGAGAGCGUGGCCCGCCGCAUGCGCUACCAGGCGCUCGGCAAGAGGGCGGCCCUCAACAGGUACGCCUCGAUGCUGUUCGCGCACCACGAGGACGACCAGUACGAGACGGUCAUGAUGCGCCUGCUGGCCGGGCACGGCAGCAGGGGGCUUCGGGGCAUCCGUGCGGCGAACGACAUCCCCGAGUGCCAGGGGAUCCACGGCGCGGACAGGAGCGGCUUCAUCGACGACCAGAGGCUGAAACAUCCCUACUUCAAUCUCCUCCCCUCGCGAGCCGAGAGGAGACACAUGCGCCGCGCGCUGCGAAACGACAUUGACCCGUCCGAGUUUAUGAGGGACCUGGCGGCUGGUCUAUACUCCGACACGAUCGAUCCUUUCUCCCUCGACGACGGCCUGUUUGACGUCCGAGGCAAGUCUAGGAAGGCGCCGCCCCUGGUGCCGCUUGAUAUCGAAGACCUUGGCGUCAUGAUUUAUCGACCGCUGCUCGAGUUCGCGAAGGACCGCUUAGUCGCGACGUGCGAACAGAACAACGUCCCGUGGUUCGAGGACCAUACGAACCAAGACCCGACACUGACGACGCGGAAUGCCCUGCGGUAUAUCGCUCGGCACCACAAGCUGCCUGCCGCUCUGCAGAAGCCGGCCAUCUUGCAGCUGGCGAGACGAUGCGACCAGCGAGCCAGGAUGGAGGAGGCAGAAGCGCAGAGACUUCUGGAUCAGACAGUCGUGCGCGACUUCCAGACAAACGUAGGGACCGUCGUUAUCAGACUUCCUACCCUACGACCGCGCGCGCGACGGAAGCAUUCUAUCUACUCUGAGGCCUCGUAUGCCAAAAGCACGGAGCACUACCGGACUAUUGCUGCCAUCUUGGUGCAAAGAUUAUUAGGUAUCGUCACACCCGAAACGCAGGUCACACCUGCUACUGGUUUGCAGAAUGUUGUGUCGAGGUUGUUUCCCUCUCUGAGCGAGCGUGGAGGAACCCCUGCGGACCAAGAGGUCCCCAAGGCGUUCACUAUCUGCGGCGUGCAGUUCACACCCGUUCACAACAGGGCAGACGGGGGUGCUCUGUACUGGUAUCUCUCCCGCGAGCCGCACGUAUCGCCAGCGCACUCACCGCUGCCGACAUGCGUCAUCCCGGCCCUGAAAUUCAGGAUGCGGUGGCGCCGCCGACCCGAGGAGUGGAUCUGGCCGCGCUGGAGCCACUGGCACCUCUACGACGGCCGCUUCUGGAUCCGCCUGUCGCACCGGUUCCCCUUCGAGGUGCGCGUGGCGCCCUUCGACAAGUCCCACGCCAAGGGGUUCCGGGAGUCGCUGCUCGACGCCACGGCGCGGGACGCCCUCGCGGCGCAGCUCAAGAAGUACGCCCCCGGCAAGGUGCGCUACACGCUGCCCGCGCUCUACACGGUCGACGACAUCGACUGGGCGCUGUCGGGCAAGCAGUACUGGCUCAAGCACAGCGAGCGGCCGCUGGAGCCCCUCCCGCCGCCGGGCGACGAUGAGGAGCCUGACAGCCACGAUAAGGACGCCGGCGGCAGGUCGCUCGCGGCGGAGACGCCGGAGCAGGAGGAGGAGAGGAAGAGGCAGUGGCGCUGGGAGUUUGACCGGCGCGGCGCGGCGCGGCAGUACCGCCUGCUGGCGCUGCCGACGCUCGGGGUCAGGCUGCCGGGCACGGAGCACUGGAUCCAGUGGGAGGUGCGGCAUACCUUCAUGAAUGCGCUCGGGUUCCUAAACCGGCCCAUCGCCGGCUCGAUCUGGGCGACGCGGGCGCUGCUCAUCGCCAGCCUGCUCGUCUUCAUCCCGUUCAUCGUCCAGGCGCAGACGAGGGAGAUGCUCUCCGACUUUGCGACCUCCGUCACCGCAGCGCUGUUCCUCAGAACGGGCGCCGAUGCAUCUCCUGCCGCUCCGGGUAGUACCGAUGGGGCCGCCGCCCUGCGGCGGUGGUACCCGCCGCGCCAGACCCGGCUCAACAACCUGACCAACGUGGUCGGCGACUCGGGCGUGUACGGCUUCAUCUUCGACUCGUCGGCCACGCCCGACGACCAGUACGGCAGGUACAACUGGUGCAACAUGCCGCACGUCCGGCGGCGGGAGUACGUCGUGCCGGGCGAGGAGUACGAGCUGCGGUACGUCGAGCUUAUCCACCGCCACCACAAGCGCACGCCCUACGCCUCAAACGCCUUCCCCGUAGAACCCUACCCCUGGGACUGCGACGACCAAGGCCUAUUCUACUACGCCCGGCCGCAGUCGCCCACGGCCCACGGCGGCGACGCCGAUGCGGCGGGUACGUACUGGCGCGGGUACGCCUCGCCCGCCAACCCCUUCGCGCCGAGGGGGUGGCGGGGCACGUGCCGGUUCCCGCAGAUCACGGCCGAGGGGCUGGACGACGCCUGGGUCCACGGGGACGACCUGUACGGCGUGUACGGCGACCUGCUCGGCUUCCUGCCGUCCCGCGAGGAGGAAAACGCGUGGAGAGACAGCGUGGCGUACCGGGUGACCAACAACGUCAUCACCAGCCACGUCGCCGGCGUGGUCGUGCACGGCAUGUGGCGGACCACCGGCGACGUGCCGCUCGCCGUGCAGGCCGGGCAGGUGGACAGCCUCGAGCCGCGGUACGCCUGCGGUGCUGCGGACAAGGCGAUGAAGAAGAUCAGGAAGGGCAGGGCGUGGAGGGCGCACCUCCGCGCCGCGAGGCCGUUGUUUAAAAGGCUGGACGCGGUCUCUGGCGUGGAGGGGCGCGACGAGGGGUUCCACGAGUCGCUGGAUCAUUACUAUGAUAAUCUGUCUGCCCGGCAGUGCCAUGGGAAGCCGUUGCCUUGUUCUUCUCCGGGUGGUGGUGGCGGGGGCGGGAAGGAGCAGGGGGUGUGCGUGACGCAGGAGAUGGCGGAUGAGGCGUACAGGUUCGGGCAGUGGGAGUACAGCAGGCUGUAUCGCGACGACGAGAAGUCGCUGGCGGCGAGCGUGGGAGCCUGGGGUGUCUGGGUGGCCGAGCUGGCUGCGCAUCUGAGGGAUGCUAUGCGUGAGGACGGUGGCGCCGAUGCUGGGAAGAAGAGGACGCUGUGGUAUCACAAUAUCGCGCACGACGGGAGCGUGAGCAGGCUUCUGUCCAUCCUGCAGGUGGACGAGAUGGUCUGGCCUGGCAUGGGUGCCGAGGUCGUCUUUGAGCUGUGGAGGAAGAUGAAUACUAGUGGAGCCCAGCCUGGCGAGGGCAAGGCCAGUGCAAGCGGUUUCUACAUCAGGGUGCUGUUUGGCGGCCAGGUACUCCAGUCCUCGAGCCCUGUACUGGGCACCAUGGACAUGCUGCCCAUCGAGACAUUGCUAGAAUAUGUUGACGGGCUGGUAGGCGUAGAUGCGAGCUUGAUCUUGGGCAAGUGCAAUGGCUCGAUUCCUCUGUAA